GCCUUCGCGAUCAAAUGGAACAUGUUGGCUUUCACUAUGAUCCUGACUGCGACUACAGCUUGCAUGGUGCCAUUGGAGCAAUGGAUAUUAUUUGUACGCAUUGCAAUGCAGCGAACUUUCGAGGAGAAACAGCUGGCAUGUGCUGCUCCAGUGGCAAAGUGAAACUGCCUGCAUUGGAACCACCACUAGAACCAUUACAUUACUUGCUCACUGGAGAAACGCCGACGUCUAAACAUUUCUUGCAGAACAUACAAGCAUACAAUUCAUGCUUUCAAAUGACUUCUUUUGGUGCCACAAAGAUCAUUAGAGAUCCAUUUAUGCCGACGUUCAAGAUGAUUACUUUGCAUGGAAUUUCCAGUGACCCAUUUGACAUUUUUAUUCUACAGAUUCAGGGACAAAUAUACCAUCGAGCAGGCUCGCUCAUACCAUUUGCCGAUGCCGACUACCAAUUUUUGCAAAUAUAUUUCAUCGGUAAUGAAACUGACCAACGAUGUAAAAUUGCGACCGGCACAAGGCGAGAAAUCGUACAAAAUUUGAAAAGAUUUCUCCAUGAACAAUGAAUUGAUUCGAUUGUUCAAAAUCGCAUUGGACCGCAUGCCGUCUG